UCGUAAUCUCUCUUCGAGCAGUGGAAAUGGAUCUGUACUAUACGAUUGUCUCACCGCCCUCGCGGUCGGUAAUUCUUCUGGCGCGAUAUCUCGACAUCUCACUGAACCUUAAAGAUUUAAAGCUCGCUACGGGUGAGCAUCUGUCCGAAUGGUUCCUGAAGAUAAACCCUCAGCACUGCGUGCCGACGCUGGUGACUGAGGAAGGCGUACCACUGUGGGAGAGCAACGCAAUUAUGGUCUAUCUGGCGGAUCGUUUCGAUAAGGAGGCGAAAGUUUAUCCGAAGGAUCCUCUGAAGCGGGCGGUGGUCAACCAGCGACUCUGUUUCGAUCUGACAACACUGUACAAGAACGUCAGUGGCUAUUAUGGACCGAUUGUGAUGCGUGGUGCAACUCCGGAUGAAAAUUUAUACAAGCAGGUGGAGCAGGCGUUCGGAUAUUUGGAGGGAUUCUUGGCGAAAAGUAAGUUCGCCGCUGGCGAUCAGAUUACGGUGGCGGAUUUUGCUCUCAUCACCUCAGUGUCGAUGGCAGCCGCGAUGAAGUUCGACUUGACCAAGUACCCGAACGUUGAACGGUGGACAAAGCUUUGCGUAAGUACGAUGACCGGUUACGAGGAUGUUUCCAAUCAGGCUAAAGCCGCCUGGAAGGCGUUUAUGGAAAGCAAGCAGAGCAAGUGAGCUGUCUACUAUGCACCUGUUUAUCGUAUUAUUAAUGUACAUCGUCAGCAAACAUUGAAUUCAAUAAACGUGAUUGAU